AUGGAGAACAAACGUGAUUUUCAUUAUCCCCAUACGUUCAUUUUACUAGGAGCGUCGGGAGAUUUGGCGAAGAAAAAGAUAUAUCCCACAAUUUGGUACUUAUAUCGGGAUAAUCUUUUGCCAGAGUCUACAAAGUUUGUAGGUUAUGCUAGAACUAAACAAACACUUGAAGAAGUAAGAGAAAAAUGUAAAAAAUAUAUGAAGGUGCGAAAUGGGGAAGAAGAAAAGUUUGAAGCAUUUUGGGAUGCAAACUCAUAUGUGUCUGGGUCUUAUGAUAAAAGAGUUGACUUUGAGUUUCUAAAUCAACAUAUUACAAGGUUUGAAAAAGGCCCAGUGGCAAAUAGAAUCUUCUAUUUAGCUGUACCACCAACAGUAUUUGAGGAUGUCACAGUUAAUAUAAGGAAUGCAUGUCAUGCUAUUAAAGGUUAUACUAGAGUUAUUAUAGAAAAACCUUUUGGAAGAGAUGAUGUAAGUUCUGAUAAAUUAAGUAACCAUUUAACAGGUUUGUUUAAAGAAGAUCAAAUUUACAGAAUAGAUCAUUAUUUAGGCAAAGAAAUGGUGCAAAACUUAAUGACAAUAAGGUUUGCCAACCAGAUUUUUAACCCAUCUUGGAAUAGAGAAAAUAUCGCCUCAGUCCUUAUUUCAUUUAAGGAACCAUUUGGUACAGAAGGUCGUGGUGGGUAUUUUGACAAUUUUGGUAUUGUUCGAGAUGUUAUGCAAAACCAUCUCUUGCAGAUUCUUUCUUUAGUUGCAAUGGAAAAACCAGUGACAUUGAAUCCAAAUGAUAUAAGGGAUGAGAAAGUUAAAGUUCUUAGACACAUUCCACCAAUAAAACUGAGUGACAUUUUAGUUGGACAAUAUGUUGGUAAUCCUAAUGGACAAGGUGAUGAGAAACUUGGCUACUUAGAUGAUCCAACUGUACCAAAAGAUUCUGUUACUCCAACAUAUGCAUUAGCUGUUGUAAACAUUAAUAAUACAAGAUGGCAAGGUGUACCGUUUAUUCUUCGCUGUGGUAAAGCCCUUAAUGAACGAAAAGCAGAAGUGAGAAUACAGUACAAAGAUGUCCCUGGAGAUAUUUUCGGGCAAACAAAAAGGAAUGAACUGGUAAUAAGAGUUCAGCCUGGUGAAGCUUUAUAUUUAAAACUCAUGUGUAAAUCUCCCGGAAUGAAGUUUGACUUGACAGAAACUGAACUUGAUUUGACAUAUAGCCUACGCUAUAGAGAGACAGAUGUUCCAGAUGCCUAUGAAAGGUUAAUUUUAGAUGUGUUUACAGGGACACAAAUGCAUUUUGUGCGCAAUGAUGAACUGAAAGAGGCCUGGCGCAUUUUUACACCAGUCUUAAAGGAGCUAGAAGAGCAACAUAUUAAGCCUAUACCCUAUGUUUAUGGGUCUCGUGGGCCUGCCGAUGCUGAUGCUAAAUUGGCUGAAAAUGAUUUUAAGUACUCAGGCUCUUAUAAGUGGCAAAAACCUACUCUAGCUUAA